GAGAUAACCUCCCCCAAUCAAGUAUCAACCCAGUGACACAACCGCCCCGAGAAAAUGGAUAGAGAGUGGGGUUCGAAGCCUGGAAGCGGUGGCGCCGCCUCCGCCCAGAACGAGGCCAUUGACCGCCGUGAGCGGCUGAGACGACUGGCCCUCGAAACCAUCGAUCUAGCUAAAGAUCCGUAUUUCAUGCGAAACCACCUUGGCAGCUAUGAGUGUAAGCUAUGUUUGACUUUGCACAACAAUGAGGGGAAUUACUUGGCGCACACGCAGGGGAAGCGGCAUCAGACAAACUUGGCCAAGCGAGCGGCUCGUGAAGCCAAGGAGGCACCAGCUCAGCCACAGCCUCAUAAGCGCAAAAUCUCACUUAAAAAAUCCGUUAAAAUUGGUAGACCUGGAUACCGUGUGACAAAGCAAUUCGACCCAGAGACGAAACAGAGGUCUCUACUUUUCCAGAUUGAAUAUCCUGAGAUUGAAGACAAUACAAAGCCACGUCACCGAUUUAUGUCUUCCUUUGAGCAGAAAAUACAAGCCUUUGAUAAAAGAUAUCAGUUUCUCUUGUUUGCUGCUGAACCAUAUGAAAUUAUUGCUUUUAAGGUUCCAAGUACAGAGAUUGAUAAAUCAACCCCCAAGUUUUUCUCACACUGGGACCCUGACUCUAAAAUGUUCACGCUGCAGUUAUACUUCAAGACAAAGCCCCCAGAGGCAAAUAAACCUCCACCUCCUCCUGCAGCCAAUGGGACUGCAGCCCCUGGUGCCCCUCCAAGGCCGCCUCCACCCCAAGAUCUGCCACCACCACCACCUCCACCACAGGGACUCCCUCCCGGAGCACCUACUGGAAAUGCUCCCAGGACUUUGCCGCCACCGCCUCCUAUGGCUAAUGGGCCUCGCCCUAUGCCUCCAGGUGCUAAUUUACCUGCUCCACCGCCUCCCCCAGUUGGCAGUGGUUCAAUGGCAAAUUUUACUCCUGGCAUGCAAAUGGGAAGGCCUCCUAUGCAGCCACCUCAAAGUUUUUCAGGGCAACAAAUGCAUGGCCAAGGUGGACAUCCUCCCCCUCCACCUCCCAACAUGGGCUGAUGAGUCUCGUGCAUUCUAUACCGUAAGCAUCGAGGAGUUUGCAGAUUUAAUGUCAACAUGUUUUUUUUAAUCAGAAUUGAAGUUGGAUGAGAUUAUACUUGUAGACAACGUAAGUAUAAAGCAAUUGAUGAAGUGGUGUAUUUUGAUCUAUUAACUGUAGACCAAAGUUGUUCCAGAAUGUUUGAUUGUCCUCUCCCAUAUUAUGUUUCUCCAAAUACUUGACCAAUGUGUUUGAAGA